AUGCAAGGAAGAAUGAAGGAGAACGACAGGGAUGUACGACACGCACGCACUCAGAAUUCCGCGGUUUCAGACCAUGCCAAGGGAACCGGACACAAGCCGCUGUGGAACGAAACCAAGCUUAUUGCCCGAGAAAGCCACUGGUCCACAAGGAAAGUGAAGGAGGCAAUUCACAUAAGACUCAACCCAAAUAACAUAAACAGGGAUAGCGGAGCCGAAAUGCUGGAAGCAUGGAUGCCUUCAAUAAGGAAACAUCUAAACCAACGAGGCACGAAAACCAGCGAACGCCUGAGGAAGCCAUGGUACAUGGAAACAAUAGCCGGAUCGAAGUGCAGCAAUCACAACAGACCACUAUGA